UGACAGUGACAAUUAUAAUACGAGCAAAAUAAAAUUUAGAAAAAUAAUAAAAUGUUACGCCGGAUAAUAAAUAACAAAAAUUACAUUUCAUUGCAAAUCCAAUUCGUGAAAUUUGCAGUACAAUCAAAACGACAAUGUGCAAUUAAUAUAUCUGCCAUUCAUGGAGCUCACAUAAAGAACAGGUAUACACAAACUGUACCUUUUCGUCAUUACUCUGAAAAAGUAAAGGUUGACGAAUUAAUUGUUGAUUAUAACCAAGUCAAAAAUGCAACAUUGAAUGAUAAGACAUUAAUUGUUGAUGUGAGAGAGCCUGAAGAAGUCAAGGAACAUGGAAAAAUUCCUAACAGUGUUAAUAUUCCAUUGGGAACUGUAUCAACAGCUUUAGGCACCAUGUCAGAUAAGGAAUUCCAAACAUUAUACAAGAGGCCAAAACCCACUGAGGAUACUGAAAUUAUAUUUUAUUGCAUGAUUGGAAAGAGGUCUGGAAUGGCACAGCAAAAUGCUAUAAAUUUAGGAUUUAAAAAUGUGAAAAACUACCUUGGCAGUUGGACAGAUUGGGCGAGCAAGAUACAAUAAUUUACGUUAUAAAUAAUUGUUCUUUCCAAAUAACAAUAAACAUAACCAUGAAUUAAGGAAAAAAAAAUAGAUGAAAAAUAAAAAGGUUAAUUAAAAAAAUAGUUUAUCAGCCCUAUCCUACUAGUCUAUUCAAUGGUUAAAUUAUUCUAAUUUACUGUGUCCAUAAAUUAUUAAACUUAAUAUGAAAAUAAAAUUUACUAUUAUGUUAUUUUUUUUUUUAUAUCCAAUCAAUUCAUUAUUACAAAACAGAAUAUACUGAUAAGGAGUUGUUGGGGAUAUAUUCUAACAUUUAUUGAUAAGAUACAAAGGACAAACUAAUUUGAACUUGGAGUAUUAUCACUAAGAUAAUAACUGAAGUUUUAUUAGAUUGUUGUUUCAUACUAGAAAUAUAUAGAAUAAAUGAAGAUUUUGAUAUUAAUUACUCGGAAAUUCGCACAAGCAUAAAAUAAACAAGACAUUUAUAUGAAAAUAAAUUUAUUGCUCUCCAUAUUUAUUGUGAUGGCCAAGAAUGUAAUGUUUUUCAUCAGUCUUCUCAUUACUGAACAUUUAUUACAAAUUAAAAAUCAAGCAUCAGUUACAAAAAAUUUAAAAUCAUGCAGUAUUUAAUUUCAUGUAUUUCUUAAUUAUUCCAAGUUCUUUUGUGUACAUUAUUUAUGAACUCAAUGAAUAAAAUUUAUAUAAAACUUAAAUCAAAAAUUCCAUAGCAAAUACAUACUUAGGUUUUGUAAGUAUAUAUAACACAACAUGAAACAAUCUCUAUGUAAAUGUAAUUAUGUUGUUAAUAGUCUAGUGUUACAAAAAACACGUGAAUAUCAAAACUUUGAAUUAACUGCACACCAUAAAUUUGAUUUCAAAAUGUAUAAGGACAUGUUAGUUUAAAAAUUAAUCACUAUAUUAAAAUUGUGAUGAUGUGACAUAGUUUCUAUUAACCUAAUUAAUUGAUUUUUUAUUUUUAUCAUACCAUACUUAUAGAUAUAAAAUUGUAAAUUGAUUUAUAAAACAUUUUUUAUCAAUACAAUAAAAUUGUCAUGUAAUCUUAGAUUAAGUUUUUAAUACUAAUCAAAAGGAUUAUGGAAAAUUUUUACUUGUAAUUAACUAUUAAUAUUAUGUUAGACAAUAAUAAUGAUUUCAACUGAAAAAUGA